UCUAGUGAGUGUUUUCAAUUGCAAGUGGUGCUGACAGGGAGUGAUGGCUCAUCCGAUGGGGAGAUUAUUAUUUGUACACACAUGACGGAUGAUGCCAUUUUUAACCUAGAAUUUUCAACCUUUCUGUGCCUACUGCGGAGGGGUGUGCGAAAAUAUUAAUAUUGGCAACAAAGACGGUUUACGGGAGGUUCUGUGUUCUGUGCGGCUGGUUCAAAGUUUAGUGAAUUACGUUUCGGCACGUGUUUCCCCGGUGGAAGUGCUCUGGCGUCGGCCAGGUUCGGUGUAAUCACCGAUGAGACGCCCGAUUUUUUCUCCACUAUCGCGGCAGGAAAAUGGGCCUUCGCAGUUGUUCGCGGACGCCAUAAAGGAGCAGCAGUGCCAGAAGAGAGCACCUACGAACGAACGAGGGCCUGCUGCGAUGUGUGUAUGCGGUGAUGAGGAUGAAACGCACACCAAUGCAUGGGAUAUGGAUGGGGCACAGUGGGUCAGUGAUGUGUAAUAGGUGGCAAUUUUUGGGGGUAGAAAAUUGUGUUUAUUUUUGUAAAGUGUGUGUUUUGGUGUGAAUACUAUUAGGCAGCGUCCAUUUAUUACGUAACGCUAAAAUCUACAUUUCUUCCAAGAAUUUCUUGCCGCAUAUAUCAGAGCUUUUAUCUAAAAUCGUUUUAAAAUCUCUUCUAGAAAUAAUUUCUAAAUUAUUUAUCAUUUUAAAUCGAUUAAAACCUUCAGUUCCGCAAGUUUUUUUUUUUUACGGAAAUUGUACUCGAACUUAUUGUAUAGUAAUGGAGUACAUACUCAGUUUAAAAGACGAUUAUCUGAGCAAAAGAGUUCAAGAUUGGUUUUGAAAAAUCGAUCUAAGAGCACUGAGAUGGUAUCCCGAAUAAAAAAUACAGUAGAAAAACUGAACGUUGUAUUGUAACAGUACUACAGUCAUGACUCGCUGGUUGGGGGCUUAAUAGUUGGGUGACUUUUUAGUUGGGGCUCCGUUAGUUGAGCUGUCAGCCAACUAAAAAGUACCUGGAUGUCAUAAUUCAAUGUCAAACUGAAAAUGACAACCAAUCUGUAAUUCCGAGGGGCGAGCUAAUGAGUUUUUGGUUUCUUAAACUUUACUGAUAAUCAAAAAGAAUUUCUAUUUCAUAUUUCUUUAAAAAAAAACAAUAGGGUGACGAAGGGUAUUAUCGGCAGGUUUGUUCUCUUCGUCAUGGGGGGUUUUUGUGGGCGGAACUACCUGAAAUUUGGGCAUAUAACUCAGCUUGGUUGGGAAGGAUUUGAGGCCAACUCUGAGAUCUACAGGUUUCAAAAAACCCCUCAUGACGAAGAGAACAAAACUGCCGAAAAAGUUCCCCUAUGUACAAUUACUUCGAAACAAAUGCAAAACAUCGGCAAUCUUUAUUUUGUCGAUCAUUGAAACCGUUUUGUGCUUGCAUUUUGGUCCGGGUGGUUUCAUAAACAUCUAUAUUUUCACUUCACCGACUAAAAAUGGGUGAAAAUAAUUAUUUAUCGCAUUGGCCAUAUAUGUAUCUUGCAAAACGUAUCAGUUUUGAUCUAAAUGUAAAACAAAUUGAAAAAAAUUUACUUUUUACUUCCAACCUAAACAUGAUUAAAAAAAACAAUGCGCGCGCCCCUUGUGCUGCUGUCACUUCACCCAACUAGCGAAUCGAAUCCGUUGGUUGGGUGGAAGUUGUCGCUCAACGAGCGGGUUCCGACUGUAUUUAAAACCAUAUUUUUACAAUAGACAUCACUGUAAAAAUAAAAAUACAAAAACAAUAAAAUGUAAUAUAAACACCAUACAGUAAAUUGUAAAUAAGAUUUUUACAAUAUACUAUACAGUUGACAAGCGCCCUUCGUUCGCGACAGACAUUCCUUCUCAACGCUCUCGUGCGUCAGUUUCUCUUUCUGUUGCGAAUAAAUUUUGCAUCGCUGCAAGAUGUCUUCGCACAGAAAAAAUAUCCUAGUCGUGGACUUCGGCGUAUUACCGAAGCGACCCGGCUUACAACAAGUGGAAAAAUUCCUUAAAGAGUUCAUCAAAGUUGACCUGGCUGAUGUGAGAAACAUCCAGCUUCAUAACAUCAAAAACUCUUUGUUCAUUGAGAUGAACGAUGCAGGCGUAGCCCCACGGCUACAAAGGCAGCACCACCUUCAGCACUAUUUCACAAUCGAAGGAAUGAGAUAUUACAUUCCAGUGUAUGUGGAUGGUCCCACUACUACUGUCCGAGUCCACGAUCUUCCACCUCAAAUGGACAACGAUAUCAUCUCCGACCAUUUGCAGCAGUACGGGAAAGUGAUCUCCAUACAAAAUGAAGUGUGGAAAAACUAUUUCUCGGGGAUACCGAACGGCGUGAGAAUUGUUCGUAUGCGGUUGGAUAAAGCAAUACCAUCGCAUAUUGUGGUAAACAGUCAUAGCACAUACGUUAGUUGUGCGAACAAAAGCAAUCAAACGACGACUCGCGGCACCAAGAAGCAGCCACACACAACACCAUCCAACUUGGCUCAUGAACACGAUACCGACCAGAUCAACAACGACGACGAAGGCAACGAACUACCGUCCGCGGCGACUCAAAUUGAAAGCGACGACGAGAAUGUCAACAACGACGACCACGGAUGGAAGAACGAGAACGGUGGAACGACAGAAAGUACCGAUUAUGAUUCAGCGAAGCGGCGGUUGUCAACCGAGUCGAAUGGAACAAAGGAAGAAAAUACAGCAAAACGAUCAUGCAACCCGUGCACCCAGAAAUCCGAUCCAGAAUGGAAAAUGAUCACAAGAUCGAAGAAAAAGUGACGUUGUAAAUAUUAAAAUUUUACGACACGAAUGCACCUUCGGUGUAAAGUGUCGCUAAUUAAAGUAAAUAAAUAAACAAUAUACUAUACGGGUUGUUAAGUAUCGUAACAAUAUGAAAAAAUAUUUUUCUCCAUAUAUAUUUUUUUGCAAAACCAUACAUUUUAUUGUUAAUGAAUUGUUCAAAAUAUUGAUAUGUGGGUUUAAAUAUACCGUACAUUGUAUGGCACAUGAAUGGUUUCAAGCAAUAAAAUGUACCGUAAAUAAAUUGUUUUUAAUUGUAAUUUCACUACUGGUUAUACAUUAAAUCAAAUGGUUUUGGAAUGGUUCUCUUUUGUUAUGUUGUAUUGUUUUACAUUACAUAAACCAUAUAUUGUUAUAUUAUCUUGUCAUUUUCCUCCUGUUAAUGGCACCUUAGGCUUACUAGAUUUAUUAGAAUGCGCUUUGAGAAUUCUCCAGAGCGUUUUGGAUAACCCUUCAUAUAUAGGAUUGCCCACGUCUAAGUCUGAGUAGUCUCUGAUUGCAUAAACAGUUGAAGCUUAGGCUUCCAUGCCCCACCAGCCAGAUAACCGAGUUUUGCAAACUAAGCAUUAUUUGUGGCAACACUUUGAGCGGCAUGAUGGAACUAUGCCGAGCGCGCUAAGUGUUAUUAGACCACUAAUGUAGUUGCAUGAAGUGGGUGACGAGGUACAUAAGUAUCAUUACAGCGUGCUUAACCGUUAUUGCAAUAUUGAGGCACCAGUUUGACUUAAGUUCGAAAUACAUAACAACUCAUGAGAAAACUGUCAAGUUCGAUUCAAAUAUAAGUAAGGUUGAAAAGCGAACCCGCAGACGAACCUUUAUUAGAAAUCAUUUCAGUGUUCAGUCCAGUCCAUAUGUUAAAGAUGGCUCUACGUCAAAUAUAAAGUUUGUCAAUCGCAUUUGAUUCGAUUGUGGUCGAAGGCAAAUUCACAUGAGAGAAGAGGAGAAAACUCCCCUAAUUUUUCCGGGUUGGCCUACAUUCGUAUUUCUCUCAUCGCACUCUACACACCUAGCCCGCCAUAUCUCUUGGACCCCUGCUUGGACCUGCAGGUCUUAGGACAUCUGGUUUACCACUGAUUUAAACAUGUUAUUGACUUUAAAUGAAUGUUUCAACUUAUUCACUUUUAUCUCUUUCCUUUCCUUUGCAUCAAAAAAGCCACAACCAUCAACAAAAUCUUAAACUGAAUAAAUAAUUAAAAACUCACGGAAAAAGAAUGUUUCGGAAAAGUGAAUGGUCCAAACGUAAGAAAAACAGUAUGAUACAUUGUUACAUAAAAAUCCAAUGUAAAUGUAUAGUAUAGCGAACCAUUUCAUUACAAUACACUUUAUUGUAGCUGGUACACUGUAUGGUGCAGGAAUGGUUUUCACCAAACACCCUAUGGUUAGUUUUUAUCCGGGAUGCCAUCGGUUGAUCUUUAUCUUGCUCAAAAGAUCGAGAGAUGGGAUCAAUUACAAUGCCUGCUCGCUGGUGGUGACCAAUCGAUCAACUUUUCAGCGCAAACAGACAUUCUGAUCAUCAGAUUUGUGCUCUUGAGAAUUCAAGGUGGGGCUUCGUCAUACCUUCUGCUUGGUGUACAACGCUCCUUUCGCUCCAAGCUUCCAGAGGCCACUUCACAUCUUGUAGCUUCACUUUCACAACAGUUUUUCAGCACAGUCUAAUGUAAUUUUAUCUAAAAGUUAAAAUUUGGUGAACAAAAUUCUCUCACAUGGUUUCAUGGAGAUCCACUGGGUACUGAAUUUCCAUAAUUUCUUUUGGCAAUAUUCGAAUUGCCACUAAUGUUAUCUGCAACAUCAUUGGGACUACAGAAAGUCUGUUGAUGUAAACAAAUAAAUAAAAACAGUUGUUUUUGUAGUGUCUACCUAAUGAUUGUGUGCAUAGGAUAUCUACCUACAUAAAAUACUAUUCAUUACAGUACCUAAAUGUCUAGGUAUGAUUCAUUAUGUCUACCUAAGGUAGUAUAAAUACGGGUGGUCAUAGGACCACAGAGCAGAGACUGCACAAGCCUUGGACUUGUCAACAUCUUUAAUAUUCUUCUUUUGAAGGAUAUAAAAGGAAAUUAUUUGCUUUUGGUUUUCAGGAUGUUGUAAUAACAAAAUGUUAUUUUUGUGGAGAACGGAAUUGUUCUUUUAUGGUAGAAUUGCCAUUAUAUAGUGAACAGAAUGUUCUUUUUGGCCGAUGGUGCAUUGACAAAAUUGUCUUUUUGUUUUGGUAAUAACGAAAUGUUAUUCUUUGGUGAACGACAUUGUUCUUUUGUGGCGGAAUAAACAUAUGUUAUGUUUUGGUGAAUGGAUUUGUGUUAUUUGUAAUUUUGGUAAAGUUGCUGAUGUUGGGAUAGCAAAAUUGUCUUUUUGUUUUUGUAAUUUUGUUAGCGAACAGAUAUGGUCUUUGAAAGUCAGUUUAUUUGUGUUAUCAUUAUUUUGGUGAUGUCUGUUAUUUUUUGAAGUUUUCUAAAGGGGACUGUAGUGUCUACCUAAUGAUUGUGUGCAUAGGAUAUCUACCUACAUAAAAUACUAUUCAUUACAGUACCUAAAUGUCUAGGUAUGAUUCAUUAUGUCUACCUAAGAUAGUAUAAAUACGGGUGGUCAUAGGACCACAGAGCAGAGACUGCACAAGCCUUGGACUUGUUAACAUUUUUAAUAUUCUUCUUUUGAAGGAUAUAAAAGUUUUAAAGUGAUCAAUUCGACCCCGGAUUACGGUACCUCGAAUCCGAUUUCGCUCAGAUGUUGCAUCACUAUGAUAUGCUUCACACGGCUUUCCCAAUAAUAAUUCAAUUAUUGAUUAUUCACGAGUUAAAAAGUACGCAACAAAUUCUUCUAUUGUUUAGUCAACACAAGACAAGAGACAAACAUUUUUUAGAUUAUAUAGGGAAGUCAGAAGUGGAACCAU